AUGCCAAAGAAACAAGGAAAAAAACAAGCUAAACACAAGGAAAACAAACCAAUAAAAAAGGUAGCGUGGAGUAAAGAAGAUGAAGAACAUCGCAAGAAACUCAUUGAAUGUGCCGAGAGAUAUGCUAAAGCUCAACAAGAAGUUCUAUCAAUUCCGGGUACUUCAGUCAUCGAAGAUAUCCAAUAUGCGAUGUCUCUUCAAUACGAGGAAUAUAAGGCCAAUACCUGUCCCGAUAGAUUCGAGCACAAAUAUGAUUUAUCACUUGCAGAAUCUCCAACAAAGGAAGCUUUAGUUGCGAGCAGAAUCAUGGAAGAAUAUUCAGACUUAACAACAGUUUUACAUCGAGAUCUUAAUUACGAUAUAUACUGGGCCGUUAAUGAAACUGGAGAAAUUCUUGAUAAGGCUAUAGGAUAUGAUAAUCAUCUUGAAGAAGAAGAAAGCGACUCUGUGGAAUGUUUGUACACCAAAAAAGUCUAUGGUGCUUAUACGUCAUCACCCGUGCCUCCACAACCUGAAUAUAAUAAUAUAAGGAUGUUGAAAGAAUGUAUUCCUGUAUAUAGUGUUUGUAUAAUAAUAUUUCCUGAUUCAGAUUUUUCAUUGCACAUUGCAUUGUGA